AUGGAGGUUGGAGGUAGUGGUUCGACGAAGGAAGCAUUUGUCGGUGUGGGGUUCAAAAAUUGGCAGAAGAAGGAUAGAAUCAAAGUUCAUGUUGGAGGUCAUAGGAGUGUUCACAAUAGAUGUUAUCAAGCUUGUCAAGAUUUGAUGAAGCAAAAGCAACAUAUUGAUAUUGCCUUUUUAAAUAUUUCUGAACAACAAAGAAUUGAUUAUCGUAUUCGGCUGAAAGCUUCUUUAGAUUGUGCUAGAUACUUAUUACGAAAUGGUCAGCCUUUUCGAGGGCAUGGUGAAUCUGAAAGUUCAAAUCAACAAGGUUUAUUUCUUGAAACUCUAAAGUUUUAUACUAAGCCAAAUAAGCAGAUGAGUCAUGUGGUCUUGCAAAAUGCCCCCGAUAAUCAUAAAAUGACUACACCAAAAAUUCAGAAAGAUCUUGCUCAAGCUUGUGCUGAUUUGACUGUUAAAGCAAUAAUUAGUUAUCUCGGCGAUGAUUACUUUUCUUUGCUAGUUGAUGAAGCUCAUACUACUGCAAAAUCACUAAAAGAUGCGAUUGAUGGGUUGUUUUCUAAACUAAGUUUAAGUUUGUCUAAAUGUCGCGGUCAAAGCUAUGAUGGUGUUAGUAAUAUGCGAGGUGAAUUCAAAGGGCUUAAGAGUUUGAUUUUGGCAGACAACAAAUUUGCAUUCUACAUUCAUUGUUUUGCUCAUCAGUUACAAUUGACACUUGUGAAGGUUGCAAAACAUUAUAAGAAGAUUCAAGAAUUUUUUGACAUGCUUCAAAAGAUGGCUACCGUUGUGGGGGGUUCAUGCAAGCGGAAAGAAAUUCUUCUAAUGAAUCAAUAUGAGCAAAUAGUUGAAAGAAUUGCUCGCGGUGAAAUACUAACUGGAAAAAGUUUGAAUCAAGAGACAACCUUAAAGUGA